AUGAGAAAUCUAGCCAUACUGGCACGCCAUCACACUUCAACUCAAACCGACCAACUACAACUAACUGAACACGACUACAUUCAGCUAUACAACUCCAUGACGAUUUUAAAUGAAGCGCCAAAUAAUUACCCCGAUAGUUAUGACGUAGUUGUCGACGCAACCAAUGGCAUUAUUGAUGAUUUUAUUCUUGACAAUGAUGAAGACGGUGAUGAUGAUGAUAAUGAUCUUGAUAGGUUACUGAGAUUUUCAGCAAUGGAAACAAAACACAACAAAAACAACAAGAAGAAAAAUAUUUACAACAUAAACAACAAUAACAACAACAACAUUAAUAACAAAAACAUAGAUAACAGCCAUGACAACCUUCUAAUGAACGUUCACUCUGGCUUAGAGUUAAGUUGCAACAACAACUGUCGUAACAGCAACAACAACAAUAAUAAUAGCAACACCAAGAACAACAUCAACAAUAACUAUCUCAAAAAUAAUGCUCACGGCAACUACAUCAACAACAAUGGCAAGAACAUUAACAACAACAAUGACAACAACAACAACAAUAAUAAUAAUAAUAAAAAUAAUAGCAACAACAAAAUUAGCUACAUCUUGAUGUUACAACACGCCAGACCGCCAUCAUCAACAACGACAACGAUGACAACAACAACAACAACAUUGACGUCAUCAUCAACGAUGCACAGUUGCGUCAACAAAACAUUUUCCUCUUACACCGGCCAAUAUUCGCCAUUAAAUAACAUCAACAACAACAUCAACAACAAUAAUCUUAGGUUCUUCAACAACAACUAUGGUAAUAAUAAUAACAAAAACAGCAAACGUAAAUUAAAACGUCCGGUCCCUCGGAUGGGAAUUAGGAUUGACUUGUUGACGAAGCAAGUUGAUCGAAACUUUAACAUCAACAAGAACAUCAGCAGCAACAACAACAACAACAACAACAACAACAUUAGCAAUAAUAGUAGCAGUUCGAAGAGUAAUUCUCUUACGAAAUACCUUUCGUUAUCGUCGUCAUCAUCGUCCUCAUCAUCAUCUCCCCUAAACACUGUCUCCCGUUCAAUUAUUGACCAACAUCUCUUCCAACAACACUCACACAACUACUUCCUACAACAACAACAACAACAACAACAACAACAACAUCAGCAAGAACUAUUGCAGCAGCAGCAACAACAACAACAGCAUAUUUACCAGGAUUUAGUGUUUGAAACACCAGAUGCACAGACAUCGGAGCCAGAAUAUUUUAUAUUAUCUCCAGUUAAUGAACUUGCAACAACAACCACAACAUGUUGUUCAACUACAAGCAACAACGACAACCAUGCUAUGCAACAACAAAUUCAGCAACGCUUGCCGCCGGUAAGAACUACUUCUCUAAGAAUCGCGGCUACAUCAACUACAACAGCAGCAGCAGCAACAACAACAACAACGCCACCUCCAUUGCCAAGAAGAUCUUAUUUAUUUCCGUUUUUGUCUUUUUCAUGCCACAAACAACAACAACAACCACAAAAUGUUCAACAACAAAAUGCUAACAACAACAGCAAAGAAUUUACAACAUCCACCUUGUUGAUAAACAGAAACAUCGAUAAUGCCAACAGCUUACAAACGCCUCUGGAAAACUCGCAACAACAACAUCAACACCAUCAACAGCAACGACAAUCGCCACAGACACUGAAGAUGAAUAUCGAUAGAAUCUCUCCAAUCAUUCAACAAAACGUCAAUCAAAUUAAACCAAAAUCAAUAAUGAUGCGCACGUCAAAUAGCAACAACAGCAGCAGCAGCAACAACAACAACAAUGCAAAAUCCAACAGAGUCAGUUUCGUUGAUGAUAAUUUCAACGUUGAGUCAGUUCUGAAUCAAUCUCAGUCAGUUGUACAACACCAACAAAAGCGCAUCUCAACUGUGAUGAACAGCAAAACGCAACAACAACAACAAAAACAAUCGCAACAACAACAUCAGCAACCACAACCGUUACAGCGGAAGCAACCACAGGAGCAACAGCAAGCGACAAAUUCGCCCAAACAACUACUACCACUACAACAACAACAAAACGAACUAAAAAAAGUGGUAGUAGUAGUAGGAGAAGAUGGCGUAGAUGAGCAAAGAGGUGAAAUUUAUGGAAAGCUAUCGGAGAUAAUGUACACGAACAGGGCGAACCUGCAUCAUACAAUCAUGAUUCAACAACGACUCUUUCAGCAACAACUCAUCAACAACACUAGUCAGUUCUCUCAGCCAACAAACAGCAACAACAUCAGUGGCAACAACAAUAACAACAGUGGCAACAACAACAGCAACAACAACAGCAACACUUUGGUGAACAACACAGAAUGGAUAAUCAAGAAGCGAACAGACGGCACUAGAUAUAUAACAAGGAGGAAAAACAAAAAACAAAGUAGCUGCAAUAACCCAAACGAUACAAACCGAACGGCCUUAACUGAUAAAGAUGGUUUACAACAGCCAAACAACAACAACGUUAAUUUAACAAAAUUGGCGCCAAUAUUUCGUACCAAGAGAGGAAUUAAAACAAACGGGUUUAUUCAUAACAUUAACAGAAACAGCAACAACAUCAACAACAACAACAACAACAUAACUAACAACAACAGCAUUAUAAUCAACAACCUAAAUAACAAUAUAAACUACAACAACAACAUCAUCAACAAUGACGUCAACAACAACGUCAUCAACAAAAGCAUUUUAAAAUCCAACAGAAAUCCACCUGGAAAUUCGCUAAAGAUCGUCAAUAAAUCCAGCGCUAACACUCUGCCGGAAGUGUGCAACAACAAUAACAUCAACAAAAACAAUAACAACAAAACAAAAGCCUCAACAACGCACCCAACCAAGGCACUUUUGUCUGUUACUACAAUUUAA